AUGGACUACAGCCAAGUAAGGCUGAAGCUGCUGUAUGCUCAGUUGAAGGACGCAACAAAAAUAGCGUCGCAGAAUGCCAUGACUCUCAUUGGCAUCCUCUUCCAACGUGCCUGGUUACAAGGCGUUCUAGUCUCAGCCCUCGACGAAAAUGACGACGUAGAAGCGUCGUUGCUUCUUGACGAUAGCACCGGCGUCGUCAAGCUCUCCCUCAACUCCCCUGACUUUCGUUUGCGCCCUUGGAAGACCAGGAUGUGUGUGAUGGUUAUUGGAGGAUACAAUGCAGGUGCGGUUGAGCCCCCAAUGAUCAAGAUACAAAGUUGUUUGCUCAUUGUUCACAAGAUUGUUGAUCUUUCAGCAAUCCCGGAUCCAGAGGUGAUGUGGUAUCUUGAAGUUAUGGAGGCAUACAAACUGUUCUACGGCCCCCUAAUUGAAGAACUUGUGUGA